AUGGGCGUGAGGCAGGCCGUGUGGGCAGUGGCCUUCCUGGCAUCCCUCGCCCUCUUCCUCUACCAGGCGGCGCGGAGUGCGGUGGCCUACCUGGAACACCCACAUGUGGCUGCCAUGACGACAGUGGCAGAGGAGGCGGGGCCUGACGGUCGCCGUGGUGACAUGCUGUUUCCGGCGGUGACGAUCUGCAACGUGAACCGCUUCCGCUUCUCUGCGCUGACGGACGCGGAUAUCUACCACCUGGCCAACCUCACGGGCCUGCCACCCAAGAACCGCGCAGGGCACCGCGCACACGACCUGCAUUACCCUCCGCCCGACAUGCUGGACAUCUUCAACCGUACGGGGCACCAGAUCGAGGAGAUGCUGAAGAGCUGCAACUUCAGCGGCCAGAACUGCAGCGCCAAGGACUUCACCGUGGUGUACACCCGCUACGGUAAAUGCUACACCUUCAACAGCAACAAGGCGUCCCCGAAGCGAGCGCGGCAGGGGGGGAUGGGCAACGGGCUGGAGAUGAUGCUGGACAUACAGCAGGACGAAUACCUGCCCAUCUGGAGAGAGACCAAUGAGACGUCUCUAGAGGCUGGUAUCCGUGUCCAGAUCCACAGUCAGGAUGAGCCCCCCUAUAUCCACCAGCUGGGGUUCGGGGUGUCUCCCGGAUUUCAGACCUUCGUCUCCUGCCAGGAGCAACGGCUGACCUACCUGCCUCAGCCGUGGGGGAGGUGCCGCUCGGUGUCGGAGCAGGUGUUGCCGGGAUACCAGACCUACAGCGUCAGCGCCUGCAGACUCAGCUGCGAGAGCCACCAGGUCAUCACCCAGUGCAACUGCAGAAUGGUGCACAUGCCAGGUGAUGCUGCUAUUUGCCCUCCCAGCAAAAUCAAAUGUGUGGACAAAGCUCUAGCCUCCCUCCAGAAGAGUGAGGGCGAUGUGUGUCCGUGUGAGACGCCGUGUAACGUGACGCGUUACGGUAAGGAGAUGUCCAUGGUGAAGAUCCCCAGCAGAGGCUCCGCACGAUACCUCUCACGCAAAUACCACAAGACAGAGGAGUACAUCAGGGACAACUUCCUGGUGCUGGACAUCUUCUUUGAGGCUCUGAACUACGAGAAGAUCGAACAGAAGAAGGCCUACGAUGUAGCCGGACUAUUAGGAGACAUCGGUGGCCAGAUGGGCCUGUUCAUUGGAGCCAGCAUCCUCACCAUCCUGGAAAUACUAGAGUACAUAUACGAGGUGAUCAAGUACAAGAUCAAGAGGCUGUUCAGAUCCGCCAAGGGCCCACGAGGACAGCCCUCCCAGAACCACGUGGCAACAUGUCUGCAGAACCACACCGCAGUCUUGCAGAACCACACCGCAGUCUUGCAGAACCACAUGACAGAGUCCACCCUGCGCACCCAGCUAUCGGACGGCACCAUAGCCACGGUCCGGCUGGAGGACCUGAAGGCCAAGGAGGCGGGUGAAAUUACUCUAAACCACCAGCAGGGUGUGCUGUAUCCAACAUCACUCCUCCCCAACCACCACCAUCACAUCCAGCACAUCCAGCACCAGAUCCACCAGAACCACCAGCAGCAGCAGCAGCAAGCCCCACUGGACUACAGCUACUAG